CUAUCAACAAAGUAGCAACUAGCAACAAUUAGUACAACAGCUGCACAAUAGGCUAUCAAAGUGAAGUUUGUUGUCUGAUCUUUCCUCAAAAUUGUCAUGGUCUGGAAAUCUUUCUGAAGGCCUAUUUCUUACCAUGAAUAUUUUUGUUGAAUUCUGCUUAGUGUCGUGCAAAGUUCUCUGGACUUUUGUGUUGGCUGGAACGAGAUGGCUUGUGCGUCCUAAAGAGAAGAAUGUAAUGGGUCAGGUUUGUGUGAUCACUGGGGCGGGAAGCGGCCUUGGAAGACACUUUGCCAAGGAGUUUGCGAGAAGAGGUGCUACGGUCGUCCUUUGGGACAUCAAUUGGGAAAGUAACGAGGAGACUGCUGAGAUCGUGCGACAAAUCUACAGCGACAUUACCAGUAGGAACCCUGAAAGUUGGCAAACUGCUGCUUUCUGAAAUUAUACUACUUUACUUUUAAAGGGGAAAUCAUUAAAUUUUACACUUUUAGUCAUUUAACAGACGCUCUUAUCCAGAGCGACUUACAGGAGCAAUUAGGGUUAAGUGCCUUGCUCAAGGGCACAUCGACAGAUUUUUCACCUAGUCGGCUCGGGGAUUAGAAGCAGCGACCUUUCGGUUACUGGCACAACGCUCUUAACCACUAAGCUACCUGCCGCCCCACAAAUCAUGAGUUGUUACAUGAAUGUUUGGACAUAUAAAUUAAUAUGUACCCAUUGAUUCUUGAAUAAUAUAACUGAUAAAUGCUUAAUGAGCUUAGUUUAACUGUUGUGCCCCAUCAGAAUCCCAAAAAUAAAUGUAAAGUAACACUGUAUAGAAUCAAAACAUGGUUAAAACUAUAAUUUUGCUAUCAUGGAUGGUCGAUCCUUGCAUCCCUAGCUCAAUGAAUUUGAGUGAUUACAUUUCUCCAGCCCCAUCCCUCGGCUUUUUACUGAAACUGCUAAAUUGCCCUUUAAAGGUGCAAUCCAAUAUUUCUAGGGUUGGUCAUUUCAAUGUACAUUUUAGCAGACGCUCUUAUCCAGAGCGAAGUACAGUUAGUGAGUGCAUACAUUUUUCAUACUGGCCCCCCGUGGGAAACGAACCCACAACCCUGGCGUUGCAAACGCCAUGCUCUACCAACUGAGCUACACGGGACUAUAUGUAGACCUAUUGAUUUUUUUAAAGAGUAGCCUAUGAUUCAUAUUAUGAUUUACAUUAUAACCCAAAAACUAGGACAUAAUCCAUUGUUAUUGUGUUGUCAUAGGACACUUAGGUAGGCCUACACUAUUUCGUUUCAAAUGAUAUGAUGGACAAAUAUGUAUCUCUAAUAUAAUUCCUUUAACACUAAAGAUUGAGAGAUAUCAGAAAAUAAAUUGCUGUUUGUGUUUGCAAAUGUUAUGGAAUGCACCUUGAAAUAUUGUUCCACUAAACCAGACAAGGACCAUCUCCCCUGCUCUACAGGUCCAGUGGAUGGUGAGGGAGAUGUAUCUCAGAUUCAGCCCAAGGUCUACACUUAUCUGUGUGAUGUAAGCAAGAGAGAGGAGGUGUACUUGACUGCAGAUAAGGUGCAACGUGAAGUGGGCAACAUUGAUAUCCUGAUCAACAAUGCUGGGGUGGUCUCAGGACAUCACCUGCUGGAGUGUCCAGAUGAACUCCUAGAGCGCACCAUGAUGGUCAACUGCCACGCUCACUUUUGGGUCAGUUGCAUUGCACUCAACCUGAUCACUUAGUUUCACAUGGACUACUCCAGUGACACUGAAGUGUAUUUCCAAAGGAGAUGAUGGGAUAGACCUAUAUGAAUAUCUGCUUAGGACUCAUUUUUCUACAGUAAUAUCAGUUGUCACUUGCCAUGCAAUGUUUGUAUUCUUACCAUAAGAAUGCUUUUGGCAUGUUUUUCCAUUUCAGACUACCAAGGCUUUUGUUCCCAAGAUGCUUGAGCUGAACCAUGGACACAUUGUGACGGUAGCCAGCUCCCUGGGUCUGUUCACCACUGCUGGUGUUGAGGUUAGCAGGAUAUUCUCCACUGAUAAAACUACAGUAUACCUUCUUACAGUAUACAAGAGUAUUUUAUCAAACCAAUUUCUAUCUCAAAUUCUGUAUUUUACCAGGACUACUGUGCCAGCAAGUUUGGUGCUAUAGGCUUUCAUGAGUCCCUCAGCCACGAGCUGAAAGCAGCUGAGAAAGACAGGAUAAAGAUGACGCUGGUCUGUCCUUUCUUAGUUGAUACUGACAUGUUCAAAGGUUGUAAAAUCAAGUAGGUAAAGUGUUACAUUAACAAGUGUAUUGAUAUCUGAACACAGUGCUAAUUUAUUCUUGGCAUCAUCAAAUAUGAAAUCAUGCAAAGACACCACAAACUAAUUGAUGACUAUUUUUGUCCCAUCAGGAAAGAGAUUGCCCCACUCUUCCCUCCGUUGAAGCCAGAGCAGUGUGUGCAGCAGGCAAUGAGGGCUAUCCUAACAGACCAGCCCAUGAUCUGUACACCUCGGAUUAUGUACAUAGUCUGUUUCAUGAAGACGUAAGUAGUACACAACCUGAAUAUCCAGAUACCCAGGUUUUGUCAAGCAACUAUCUCUUAGGUAAACUUAAUGACAUCCAAUGACUGUAAGUCGCUUUGGAUAAAAGCGUCUGCUAAAUGGCAUAUUAUAUUAUAUUAUUAUUGUAUAUUCUCUGAUUUCCCCCCUCUUGCAGGGAUUGUGCCACUAUCAAAUGUAUAUCAUGGGAGCCAUAGCUUUAUGUGCUUACUGAUCAUUUAUUCAUUUCUGUAUCCCUGGCUAUUGCAGUGUCUUGCCCUUUGACGCCAUCGUUUGCAUGUACCAGUUUCUUGGAGCAGACAAAUGCAUGUACCCGUUCCUGGCUCACCGGAAGGAGGCCAUGAACAACAAUGAAUCCAAGCUGCCUUCCAUCCAGCAGCCUGCCAUCCAGCAGCUGCCACUGGGAAAAAAAGAAUGUUAACAUAUACCCUUUGACACUCAGAUUGAUCAGAUGGAGAUGUUCAGCACAUUGUUCCUCUGGAACAAACUACAUAUGCUGUGUACUUUAUUAAGGGUUCACAUUGGUUCUUUUGGUUUCUUGAGACCAGUUUUUGUAUUUGUCGCAAACAUAAUAAUUCACAGUAAAUUUCAUUGUUUUGUAGACCCUCACUGUGUAUCCCCAUCCCGCUCUUUAUAAAUGAGUUUUGUGUAGAAUGUCUUAAUUUAGAAAACAGAUUUUUGGGAAAGAAGUCCUUUCACUCGGAAGUGCCACAUGUUUUUGAAUGUGGACACUUCCUAGAAUGCUGCCUCUGUUUGCAUUCUGGGGAUCCUUCCAGACUACGACGUGGCUGAAAGUAAUAUAUCUGUUUGGGCUAAGAAAGAGAAACACGAGAUAAGCAAUUAACAACAGAGAGAUACUGCACCUGUCUGCAGGUGAGGAUGUGACAGCACUGUCACUAACCUAAACAGAAUAACUCUAUUAUAACCUUUUCAAGACUUCAUCAGUCCUUGACAUAAAACGAUCAAAGUUGCAAUCAAUAGUCUCCAAUCCUAUCAUACAAAUUGCAAAAUUCCUCCAAAGUAACCCCUUUGGGCUAGAACUAAAAAUAUAGAUUGUAUUAAUAAAAAACAAAUCACAAGGCUUCACAAUUCAUAAAGGUCAUGUUAACUG